CUGCAAUAAGAGGUGGUUUGAAUGCAGACCACAGACUGAAGUUACUGAAGACGUCUCAACUAGUUGAUUUCAGAACGCGUGCCACGGUGGUUUGAGACAGAAGUUAUAGAAUUCUGUAUGCGUACACCUACUUAGUAAAGCUGAAGUGAACAUGUUAACUAAGGUGUAGUAUCACUGCCGAAACUAUUUCUAAACUCUUAGCCUACACACUUUCUGUCAUAUUGUAUCAGUUCGCAGACCUUUCUACAGGAUCUCUUGGAAUUCUGAAGGACUGACCUUACAUUUGACCAGGGGCAACCAACCAUGGGAAGCAAGACUCUUCCAUCCCCAGUCCCGCUCCACCCCCCCCUACAGCUGGCCAACUACUCCUUUCUCCAGUCCUCCACUGGCAUCCAGCUCCCCAUGGAGCAGACCCCUGGCAUCUACAGCUUCAGUGCCCUUCAUGCCAUCCACCUCCAUCAAUGGACUCUAGGCUACCAGCCCUUCACCCUGCCCCGUGGCACUUUCUCCAAGCUGCCUGCCCUCAUGGAUGGCUGUUUAUCCCCCAUUCCCAUCUUCCCCCACCUGCUCCAUCCCAAGCUGGACUAUGCCUCUGCCACAACAACAGUGGGUUUGCUUCAGGGCUUGAAGAACAAGCCUCGCUUUGACUUUGCCAACCUGGCAACAGCUGCCACCCAGGAAGACCCUCUUAAGGACCUGAGCCUUACCGGGGUGUUGGCAGCAUCGCCUGGCCAUGCGGCUGCAGGGGGCUGUCUCCUGGAUGCAGCCAAGCUCUGCUCCCCUGAGCGCAAGCCCAGUCGAGGACGGCUGCCAUCAAAGACGAAAAAGGAGUUUGUGUGCAAGUUCUGUGGCCGACACUUCACCAAGUCUUACAAUCUGCUGAUCCACGAGCGAACACACACCGACGAGAGGCCCUACACCUGCGACAUCUGCCACAAAGCCUUCCGGAGGCAGGACCAUCUCCGGGAUCACAGGUACAUUCACUCCAAAGAGAAACCCUUUAAGUGUCAAGAGUGUGGAAAGGGAUUUUGUCAGUCAAGGACUCUGGCUGUCCACAAAACAUUACACAUGCAGGUCAAAGAAUUAAAGACACCAAAGUUCAAAUGAAACCCCCCAGGAUUAAAUAAAUAAGACAAAUAACAGGAGGCACUGUGAAGGACCAAAUCAGAACACAACUGAAGAUGUUUUCAAGCUCAAGUGUCAGAAGUCUUCUAAAUACAGUAUCUUUCCAACACAGAGUGUGAUGCUAAAAUAUGUUACAGUGAAAAGAACACCACUGUGUCUCACCUGUAAGAUGUUCUUAUUUAUGGACUUUGGAAAACCCUGGAUCUAUUGCUUAUACACAACAUUUAACUCCAUUGAACUAUUGUAGCUGCUUAUUCUAAGUGUUGAUCCAAACAUAAAGAGAUGGUCAAGUCUUACGCAUUUUUUGUAAACAGCACAAAAAACGGUUAAAGCCAUGCAGGCAUAGUUGCCUUUUCUUCCUAAAAACAUUCCAAUGAUACUUUUGUACAGAUAUCUUUUCAUAAUUAUAUUUUUGCACUUUAAGCUGAUUACUCAUUAUCUACAUAUAUCACUGGAUUCCUUAUUUUAAAAAUAAAUAGUCAUUUUCUAAACAAAAUACAUGUUAUAUUUUAAAUUGUGAUUUAUUAGCAAAAA